AUGGCCUCACGAUCACGACCCACGAGUGUGUCAACCUCAAGCAGCUUGAUGCAAGACGUCCCAGGAUCGUUCCCACCUCCGAGCAGGACACCGACCAUCGCCAACUCCCAGAGCCAUAGCGAGGACGAGCAGGAGGAACAGCCCGAAGCGUACCAAAGUCUGGCCCAAGUCGUCUACUCGCGACGGAAGGAAUACGUACGACCUAGAAAUGUGAGGAUCAAGAUUGGUACUUGGAAUGUUGCUUCGUUCAAAGGCACCGAAAAGGACGUGGGAGGAUGGUUUGUGGGAGGCAAAGGCAUUGCAGACGGACUCACGGGCCUGAAUCUGGACGAUCAGCCGCGAACAGAAAGUGUGGAAGAUGUGGCCGACCAAGAAGCCCGCUAUGCUCGCAAGCAGGAAACGCUUCCGUUGGGCGAUACUGGAGUCCUGCCAGGCGACACUGACGUGGGGCUUUAUGUCUUGUCACUGCAGGAAGUCGUCGACAUAUCGUCUGCGGCCGAAGCGUUGCGUCCGUAUACGGACCCAGCCACAGCCAACAAAUGGAAAGACGCCAUGACCGCGGCAUUACCAAAGGGUUACACGCUAGUCGCAGAGCAGCAACUCAUUGGACUCCUCCUUUUGAUAUACGCUGCUCCUGAUGUUUCAAAAGACAUUCAACAAUCGUCUGUCAGCACCACCAGCAUUGGCACUGGGUUACUCGGUUACAUGGGAAAUAAAGGAGCUGUGACGGCACGAAUAGUGCUCGGAGAGACGACACGAUUGGUCUUCAUCAACAGUCAUCUCGCAGCUGGCGCAGACAAGACAUCGCUGGAGCGACGAAACUGGGACGCGGCCCAAAUCCUAAGCCGUACUCGCUUCGAGCCUAUUCAGGAUGCGAUGGAUCUUUCACAGACGACUGGGGAACAGAUCGGAGACGAAGAUUUUGCGUUUUGGUGUGGAGAUCUCAACUACCGACUCGAAGGCAUUCCUGGCGAUGACGUUCGCCGUCUACUGAUGCUUCACACUCGCAACGAGUAUGACCUCAGCAAGCAAGCUGCACGCAAAGUCGAGCGUGAGAUUCAGGAAGCCGCUGAAUCUGCAAAAGAACGCAUGCCAGAAGAUAGCUCUACACAAUCCGUCUCUACCAAUCGCUCCGCUCGUUCCAGCGUAGACGCUCGUCGAAGUAUAGAUAGCAACAGAACGACAACAACGCUCGGCGAGGAGAUCAUGCACAGCGAGGAUCCUGCCGCAUUACAGACCACACUAUCAUCUCUCCUUCCACACGACGAGCUUCUGCAGCAGAUAAAAUCUCGCAAAGCGUUUCAUGAUGGAUGGCGCGAGGGUCCAAUCACCUUCCUGCCCACCUACAAAUACGACCCCGGUAGUGUGGGAGUGUUUGAUUCAAGCGAGAAGAAGCGUGCACCUUCAUGGUGUGACCGUAUUCUAUACCGUACCAGAAGGGACAAGUUGGCGCAUGAAGCUAAGAUUCACGAGGAGAUCAAAUCCCGUAAGAUGGACGACGAAAUGCGUGCCAGCGGGAUUGAUGAAGCGGCAAACGAUGAUGAGUUGCUCUACGAUUACGACCCGGAGACGGAUGGCGCCGACGCUCUCGACGAAUAUGAUGAGUACGACGGCGUUGAAGAAGGUGUUGUAAUAACCAAAGAAGGGUUCGACGAUGAGAUUCACUUGGAGUAUUACACCGCGCAUCAGCGAGUUCUCUCUAGCGAUCACAAACCGCUUGUCGCGAGUUUCAUGCUGAAAUUCGAUGCGGUAGAACCCGAGUUGAAGGCCAAAAUUCAUGCUGAAGCUGCCCGGGAACUUGACAAGACUGAGAAUGAGAGUCGACCCGACGUUACUGUCGUGGUUGACAAGCACAAUUCCACACCGGCUUCGGCAGACGAUGGCCCUGCAGACAAAUUUGAGGGAGUAUCUUUUGGUGACAUAAGAUGGGCGCAGAGCAAGCAUCGAUCGCUGACGGUGGCCAAUACCAGCCGAGUUCCAGCCAGCUUCUCGUUCAUCGAGCGACCCGUGGAUGCUGGACAGGCAGCAGGCAUAGCGCCCAAAUGGCUCAGCAUGCUGAUCAACGGAAGACCAAUACCCAGCACAUCCACAUCGUCCGAAUUGAUUACGCUGGAGCCGGGUGAGACUUGUGCGGUUGAUCUCGAGCUAAGAAUCAUGAGCAUGGACGACGUGCGAUCGCUGAACGAUAACGAUCGAACGUUGGAUGAGAUUUUAGUGUUGCGUGUUGAGAAUGGUGGCGAUCAAUUCAUUGGGCUUAGGGGAACGUGGCUGGGAAGCAGUCUUUCGAGAUCUGUAGCGAAGCUGGUGCGCAUACCAGAAGGUGGCGUACGGAAACUGCAACGCCAAAAGCCGUCUGAUAAGGGCAAAGCUGUCAAGGCAGCGGUCAGUGCCGCAAAUGCCUUUUCGAACAUGCUUCCCGGUGGGGAGUCAUCUUCGAAAUCGGAAAAUAUGGCGGGAGCACAGAAGCCUUCAUCAAGCGAUGACGAUGAACCUGUUCGUUUCUCCGCCCCUAAAAUGUUGUUCCGGCUGACGGAAUCGAUCGAAGAGCUGGGCGUCCGCGUUGUGGCCGAGUGGGAUAUGACAAACUCUGGCAACCGGGCCAUGGACUCUGGCGAUUCAUUGGCUCCUGCACGCACCGCGCCUUGGGAAGAGCAUGUCGCUUGGCCGUUCGCGGAAGAGUGUUGGACGGAGCGCACCACUUCGCAUUGGCUCACAGCUAUGAGCGAUGCAUGUGAUGCACUUGACGAUGAUAAGCCUCUGGAACCUAGUCUGCCUGAAGACCUCCCACGGAUCCAAAGGUUAUACGUGCUUUCUAGCCUGCUCAUCCUGUUCCUCAAAAGCAUGCCCGACGGGAUCGUCCCGGUAGAAUUGUGGUCUCAGGUUGAGAGGUAUCUUCAAGAAAAGGAGAAAGCAAAGGUCAAACCGCCCAAUGAAGACCAACGGAUCGCAAUCCAAGAGAUACUCUCCCAAAGCCCUAGUCACAGCAUAUCCUUCGUCCUUAUCACGACCAUGCUAGAGCGCAUGAUACUAGAGCGCAUGAUACUAGAGCGGGCCAGCACGAAUCGCAACAAAGAAGAUAUGACUCUCAAUCCAAAGAAGCCGGGGGGUGCAUUUCAGAAGAUUGCGACUUUUGGGAGGGUGCCGCAAGCGCCUCAGAGAGAACAAGCCGGCCCUGCGCUGGCCAAAGUUUUUGCGGAGCCGUUAAUUCGGGUAGAUGUUGUCGGCGGUGAUAGAGGCCGAAACGCACAGCAGCGGAGGAAGGCUGACAUGAUUGAAUUAUUCCUUCGACGGGACGAUGUCUCUACAUGA